GCUCCCGCGGUGCCGGCAGAGCCGAGCCGCACCGCACAGCAGCGCACCGCACGGGUCUCCUCCGCUCCAUCCCGUUCCUGCCUGCCCCGUCAUGUCAUCGGCCGGCAGCCUGAGCACCAUGCAGCGCCUGGUGGAGCAGCUGAAGCUGGAGGCCGCCGUGGAGAGGAUCAAGGUCUCCCAGGCAGCUGCAGAGCUCCAGCAAUACUGUAUGCAAAAUGCCUGUAAAGAUGCCUUGCUGGUUGGGGUCCCUGCAGGGAGCAAUCCCUUCCGUGAGCCCAGAUCCUGCACUCUGCUCUGAAAUCAGGGAAGGUCAGCAGAGAGAUACCUUGAAGCAUGACAUGACUAACAAUGGCCUUUUCCUCAAGAAAGUAUCUCCGUGUCCUUAUUUCUGCGUGGCUAAAACUUGGGUAUUUGUCUAUUCAUUCUUGUGUGUUCAUACCUCACUGUUUUACUAAUGUUUUUAUAGCUGUUUAAUGUAAGUAGCUCUUUUUGUAAAAAUCACCAUUGUUAUUACACUAUACUAUCUGUACAAAUACUACUUGAGAAGUUUACAUUUUUGAAAGCAAAAACAUGAUUAUUUUUACCAAAUUACCUAUUUCUAACUUGGACGGUUGCUAGGCUGGAGUGAUGGUGAUAAUUACUUGUAUUUUCUGAAACAGAACAUCUGAAAAGUGAGCUGUUAAAACCUAAAAGCAAAUGCAGAUAGUAUUAUGAGAACUGUUCUCUGGAGGGUUUUCUUUAAAUAGCAAGAUCUGAAACCAGCAACA